AUGAGCUGCAGCUACCUUCUGUGCACCAUCCUCCUGUUCGUAGCCGUCCUACUGGCCGUCACGGUAACCGGCACCAUCCUCUUCAUGAACCACAACCAGGCCCCGCCCAUGUCCGACGGCCCUCCCCACAUCUCCACCAAUCAGGACGAGGCCAACGCCCUGGUCACCGUGGAAAGGGGCGAUGGCUCGCGCAUCAACAUAUUUAUUGACCCCAACUGUCCUGACUACAAUGGGAACUUCCUGCGCCUGGAGGGGGUGCAGACAUCGCUGCUCCACUCGCUGACUGACCACGACGCUGACCUGAAGUCCGUCAAAGGUCAGGACCGGGCACUGCUGGUCAAUCUAGCUGAAGAGGUGGCCAAACUGUCGGCCCACGCUGGUCAGCUGAAAAUGGACUACGAGUCUCUGAGACGAGGCCAGGGGAGUUUGGGACAGGACCUGAACACACUGCAGACAGAGCAAGGACGUCUCAUACAGCUGCUGUCCGACUGCCAGAUCAACAUGGUGAAGGUGGUGAACUCUGUGAGCGACGCUCUCAACUCCAUGCAGAAGGAGACGGGUGGACUGAAGGCUCGUGUCAAGGCUGACCUACAGCGGGCACCGGUCAGAGGCGCUCGCCUCAAAGGCUGUGCCAACGGCUCUCGUCCUCGUGACUGUGGCGAUCUGUAUGCUAACGGGCAGAGGGAGGAUGGCAUCUACUCUGUGUUUCCCACUCACUACCCCUCCGGCUUCCAGGUCUACUGUGACAUGACCACGGACGGAGGGGGCUGGACGGUGAUCCAGCGAAGGGAAGAUGGCUCAGUCAACUUCUUUAGAGGAUGGGACUCCUACCGCGAGGGAUUUGGAAAAAUCACUGGAGAACACUGGCUCGGGUUGAAGCAGAUCCAUGCUCUCUCCAUCCAGGGCAAUUAUGAGUUGAGGAUUGACCUGGAGGACUUUGACAACAGUACAGCCUAUGCCCAGUAUGGGAUGUUUGGAGUUGGCCUGUUCUCUGUGGACCCUGACGAUGAUGGAUACCCACUGACUGUUGGAGAUUACUCUGGAAAUGCAGGCGAUGCUCUGCUGAAGCACAACGGAAUGAAGUUCACCACCAAAGACAAGGACAACGACCACUCGGAGAACAACUGUGCCUCCUUCUACCACGGUGCCUGGUGGUACCGCAACUGCCACACGUCUAACCUGAACGGACAGUACCUCCGCGGGCAGCACACCUCCUAUGCCGACGGCAUCGAGUGGUCCACCUGGACCGGCUGGCAGUACUCCCUCAAGUUCUCCGAGAUGAAGAUACGGCCCACUCGCGACGAGAGCAAAUGAGAAAAAUGAGGGAAGAAAGGAAGAAAAAGAGAGGAAAGGAAUUUGAAGGAAGAAGGUCCUCAAAAUAUAAAACCCCACACUCAAAAAGACAGCUAUAGGCUGUAGUUCUUGUUCAGCUAUUGUUUGCUGACGGACUAAAAGGACAUCUUUGAUUGGUAUACUAUUAUUGUCUACGUUUCUCUGUGGAACCCUCAUCCCUUCCCCCUGCCCCGCCCCGCUUGCUGUGCCCUCUGCUAAUCCCUCGUCGCUCGUUGCGUACUACUGUUGUGCUGAGGUUUUUCGUGCCCCCCCACCCCCAUCAUCCUUAUCCUUUAUCACUAUCAUUAGGAGAUUUGUUGCCAAUGUUUUUGAGUGUUUCCCUCCUGACAACGACCACACCGCGACACGAAAUGAAUCUGACUCACUCUUACUUCACAGGAGUUUGGUGGCACCUUAACUGGGGAGAAUGGGCUUGUGGUAAUGACUGAAGCAGAGUCAGUGGAACGGUCUCAAAAACCAUGUGUUUGAUGCCAUUUCAUUUGCGCCGUUCCAACCACUACUAUGAGCCGUUCACCCCCUCAGCAGCCUCAACUGUCUUACUUA